GCGCAUGCUCUGACCAUGAGCAGCAAUUCCUCCCUCAGCAAUGGGAAAGGCCUGAGGAACGUGACCACGGAGGAAGAUGGAGCAGUCAGAGUCACCGAGUCCAUUACUAUAAUUGUUAUUGCCAUCCUCAUCUGUUUGGGCAACCUGGUGAUUGUUGUCACUCUGUAUCGCAAGUCAUACCUUCUCACCUUGAGCAACAAGUUUGUGUUCAGCCUGACCCUCUCCAACUUUCUACUCUCUGUGCUGGUGCUGCCUUUUGUUGUCACCAGCUCCAUCCGGCGAGAAUGGAUCUUCGGAGUUGUUUGGUGCAAUUUCUCAGCCCUGCUGUACAUGCUGAUCAGCUCAGCCAGCAUGCUCACUCUGGGACUCAUAGCUGUAGACCGGUACUAUGCUGUGCUGUACCCAAUGCUUUAUCCGAUGAAGAUAACAGGCAACAGAGCAGUGGUAGCUCUUGUGUAUGUGUGGCUGCAUUCCCUUAUCGGCUGCCUCCCUCCUCUUUUCGGCUGGUCCUCUUUGGAGUUUGACCAAUUCAAGUGGAUGUGUGUAGCAGCCUGGCACAAGGAGGCUGCCUACACGGCCUUUUGGCAGAUCUGGUGUGCACUGCUGCCCUUCAUGGUCAUGAUGAUCUGCUAUGGAUUCAUAUUCCGUGUGGCAAGGAUUAAGGCCCGCAAAAUCCACUGUGGAAGUGUUGUUAUUGUGGAGGAGGACUCGCAGAGGAGCGGGAGGAAGAACUCCAGCACCUCUACGUCCUCCUCUGGCAGCCGAAGGAAUGCUUUUCAAGGGGUUGUUUACUCAGCCAACCAGUGCAAAGCUUUCAUAACCAUCUUGGUUGUCAUUGGGGCUUUCGUCAUUACGUGGGGACCUUACAUGGUAGUAAUAACAUCAGAGGCACUUUGGGGUAAAAACAGUAUUUCCCCUGCUUUGGAGACAUUGGCUACAUGGCUGUCCUUUUCUAGUGCCAUUUGCCAUCCACUAAUUUAUGGGCUGUGGAACAAGACGGUGCGCAAGGAACUCCUGGGAAUGUGCUUUGGAGAUCGGUAUUACCGCAAGUCCUUUGUUCAGCGGCACAGGACAUCGAGGCUGUUCAGCAUUUCCAACAGGAUCACAGAUUUGGGACUAUCUCCUCACCUUACUGCCCUCAUGGCAGGUGGGAGGCCACUGGGAAACAGCAGCAGCACAGGAGACACAGGUUUCAGCUGCUCACAGGAUUCAGGAACAGAUACAAUGCUUCUGGAAGAUUAUAGCUCAGAUGGCCCUCAUGCCUCACACUGCAUCUGUCCUCCUCGAAGGAGGAGUUCAGUGACAUUUGAAGAUGAAGUGGAACAAAUUAAAGAAGCUGCAAAGAAUUCUGUUCUUCAUGUAAAAGCUGAAGUCCAUAAAUCACUGGACAGUUAUGCAGCCAGUCUGGCCCGAGCUAUAGAAGCUGAUGUGAAACUCAGCCUAUUUGGGGAAGAUGCUUUACCAGGAGCCCUGUUCCCCUUGUGGACUCUGGCAGGAAGCAGUGUGAACACCCGGCGUGGUGUCAGGCCCCAUGCAAGCCAAAGACUGAAGUUGCAGAGCAUCGAUGAAGGGAGCAUGUGACAUGAGCACUGGAGUAGGAAAACAGAAUGAAACCACUAGGCAGGGCCUACUGCAGCUGGUAGUGUUUCAUCAGAACAGGACACCUUGUCAGGAUGUUUCCAGCGCUUUUUUAGCACCUGGAAACAGCUGGGUUCUGGUACUUGCAUCAGCAUUUUACAGCAGUGUUUGUUUACUGGCUAGGGUGCUACUGACUCUUCUGCCACAUCAUUAUCACAUGUGCAUAGGAAUGGUUUCAUUGACUGUUAUCAUUAGUCAGUUGAAUCUUGAGUCUGUUAUUGGCCAAAGCUGAUACAGGAACAGAACAGAAAAGGUAGGUGCAGUGUUUAAUUCAUUGUUAUGUCCAUCCUCUUCUGACCACCAGGAUAAUCAGUUGAUAGCUGGAGUGCUCUGAUAAGAGCUUGUGCAUUGGAUAGUAUAUUAAGCCUUACUGUCUCAGACUCACAGCUGAGGAACACAGGCUUCUCUUAAG